AUGGGUAAAUCUGUGAUGAUUAGUGUCUUAGAGUGCGAUAACCAUAUUGAUCCGGACAGGUCAAAGUGGGGUGGUUAUGGCCCUCUUGUUUCCAAAUGGCUGAGGUCGGACCAUCGUUUGCGGGAACGCGCACAAAUACGUGUCUGGGAUGUGAAGAAUACCAUGGACUAUCCAAAGCCAGGAGAUUAUGAUGUCAUCAUAAUCACUGGUGCACGUGAGUCACGGCCACAAGAACUGCUGAAACGUGCAUUGACGAAUUCGAGUACAGCCGCAAACCCGGAAGCUCAGGAACCCUGGUUGGUGAGGCUUCGGGAAUAUAUCAACAAGGAGGUCGAAAUGACAUCUACUCAGAAGUUUGUCGGAUUUUGUUUCGGUCACCAGAUUUUAGCAAUGGCCUACGGGUUAUCCGUUGAAUGUAGUGACUCGGGAUACGAGUUCUCUGCAACAACUAUCCAGCUAUCAGAGACCGGGAAAACACUGUUUGGACAAGAAUCUAUUUGUUUGAAUGAGGGCCACCAGUUUCAGGUCAAAGACCAGGACCUGGGACAACUCCAGAAUCUCGGCUGGACGGAUCAUACUCACAUACAAGGCCUCUUCCUUCCAAAACGCGUUUGGUCACUACAAGCCCACCCCGAAUUUGAUGCUACAGCAUUAGGUCAGAUACUGGAAUUUGCGAAAGCGAAACUAUCAGAGAAGGAAUAUCAAAGUGCAAAGGAGAGAAAUACAGGCAAUGUCGAGCAGCAAGUUGCUUUGGAUUCAUUAGUCAAAUUUAUCUUGGAAUAG